GAUGCUGCGAAAGGUAUGAAAUGCAGAAACAUUAUCGAUAUGUUAUUCUUUCAUGGCUGUGGUGUGUUGGGAAAGGAUUUUUAUCUAUCCGUAAUGCUCCAUUGAAAGGAGAAGGAACAUUCCUUGUGUGUGCAUUUCCCACAACAACGGUAAACAAUGUGGAAUGGCUUCAUGAUCAAACAAUGCAAGCUAUCUGCGGAGAAGGCUCUGAAUGUCACAGUAGCAAUGGUCGAUAUGUCCCAACUGUUUAUAAUGAUCGCUCAGAAUUAAGCAUAGACAAUGCAAGUUAUUUUGAAGAUGAAGGAGAUUGGAGCUGUGUUAUUAAUGGACAAUUCAAAUCUACCAGAGAAUUGGUGGUUCACUCCCUUCCAAGUUCCUUUGAUUUGGCAAAUCGUCCGACUUUCAUUCCUGUGGAAGGCCUUAAACUGGAAGUUAGAGCAGUCUGUGUCUAUCCAAAGGGAGAUAACAUUAUACUCCAGUACAGAAUAGAGGGCGACAGUAUUUUUAAUGAUUUUCAAAAGGAGGGUAGGUCUGUUGAAUACAUCUAUAUCGAAGAUUGGACAAACAACUGUCUUUCUCAUGAAUACAUAGCGAUUGCACGAACCAGAUUGGAAAUUGAUGAUCUUGUAAAUGUCAAAAUCGAUUUUCGCUUUUUGUACAUGGAUGCCGGACUAGAGAUCCCCACAAAGUCAACUUUAACAUUUUUGUUUUCCGAUCAACAUAAUUCUCAAAAUAUUAGUUCCCCUUUUGGUAAUAUCCCAUGCCUGAACAUCGGAAGCUGUACAAAUGAUUCUUUCAAAGAGCGUGCUUGUGACUGUUCAUCGAAGUUUCGCUGGAUAAGCUGUAACAAGACAGGAAAACUUAAAACGAAGAUAUAUCUGGAUACUACGGAGGACAAAACUGCUACAUAUGUUUAAUACCUGUGUCUGAAUUUGGUAUUUCUACAAUAAAUUGUAGGUCAUCA